AUGGAGGUCUCCGCCGCGGGCAACGCGGUCCUGGCGCGCAGCUGGCAGACGUUCACCCGCGCGCAUGGGCUGGGCAGGCGGUGCGCCCUCCACUUCAAGUACGGCGGCGAUGCGACCCUCUUUCGCCGCCCAACCAGAUCACAGCCUCCUUCUCCUCUUGCCGAGCCACCACACCCGCAGACUCGCUGCCGCGAGCCUCCUGUCCCGAUCGCGCAAGCCUCCUCAUUCCUCCAUCCCGCGCAGGAGCUCGUUCCCGAGCUCAGCUGCGUUCACGCCCGAUUACCGCGCUUCUGGAUUCCACCGACCCCGUGCAACACGAGCUCCCUCACAUGGUGCCCUUGUGCACUGGGCUCUUCAUCAACCCCUGCAUCGCCUGCAUCAAGCCGCCGCCGCGCCAGUCGCCAAGCCAAGCCGCCGGAGCGCAGGACUCUCCCGCACCUCGUCGCCGAUCGGAAUCGUGCCUCCUCCGUCGUCCCCGCGCUGCACUCCGCUGUUGCUUCCCCUGCGACCCGAGAGCGUUGCCUCCUCUGCUUCGAUGCAGGAGAACGACGGCCUCGCUCGUGCGCACCUGCAGCGCCAGCAGGACUGUGCCGAUCCGCUGUCCCAAGGCCAAGCAGCCGGCUUGCCCUGCUCCUGCCUCCCCAGAUCACCGUUGCGCAGGCGCCCUUCGGUCCCCGCGCUGCCGGCGAGCUUCAUCAGGCCCCAGGAAGUGCUCUGCCGUCGUUGCUGUUCGCCGGAGCACCGGUGCCCCGAAUCCGCCGUGGCGCUGUCGUCUUGAGCUCCUCCCGCAUCCUUGCCUUGUCUGUGCAGCUGCGCCGCUGCCUGCCUUCGACCCCACUGCUCGAUCCCCUGCUUCAGGACCGAGACGACGAACGCUGCCGCCGCGCGUUGACCCGCGCCUGGGUCGCGUCCAACAUGCCAAGGCCCAGCGCGCCCCUCCUGCAGCCUCCCUUCCAAUCGGGCCAAGGCCCAUGGUUCCGAUAACGUCGCGUUUGUGAGGAUCUAUUCGACUACGUCCGUUUGUCUUCUUCAUGG